AUGGGUCAUGGCCUGUUGCAUCACAUCGAUGCGGGGACGAAGUGGCUCGUGUCGGGCGCUGUGUUUGGCGUGCUGUUGUGGCGGCAGGAUAGUGCCAUUUGCUGGUGCGUCCUUGGCUCCGUUGGUGCCGCGGCGAACUGUAAAUGCUUGAAGGUCCUCAUCAACCAGUCGCGGCCACGGGGGGCACGAAAGGUGGACCCUGGCAUGCCAUCGUCUCAUGCACAAAGCCUAGGAUUCCUCUCCAUUUACUUCGCCCUGGAUGUGGCUUUCCCAUUCUCCGGCCCCGCGCAGCGCGUACCGACCGACUCCGGGCGGGCCGCCUGGGCGGGCAUGUUGGUCGCUGGCGGGCUCUUCGGCUCCUGGUUGCGCGUCGCCAUGGGAUUCCACACUACGGCACAGGUGGCCGUCGGUGGCUUGGCGACGAUCAGAGCUGGCAUUCUGUGCGAAGACCAGAUCCGUGAAGCAAAUGGUUACAUAGUUAACACUUUCAGCCGCUCUUCCUUGGAGCAUGGCUAA